AUGUCUACCGAAAGGCUGCAUCCGUGUUCCGUUUGCCAAAGGACCUAUGAGCGCGCAGAUCAUCUUAUACGCCAUCAAAAAACUCACGACAACGAACGUGCAUACAAGUGUACGGUGUGUGGCAAAGGGUUCAACCGAGUCGAUCUCCUCAAUCGUCAUCGUGCCUCUCAUGAUAGCGCCGAACACGGCGAGCGAUCUAUCAGAAGGAGAACUGAGAGAGCAUGCCAGGCUUGCAUUCGCUCCAAGACGAAGUGCGAGGAGGAGAGACCAUGUCAGCGAUGCAAGACUCGAAAUAUCGAAUGCAUCGAGACGCAGGAGAGACAACAGGAACGACAAAGUGACUCUGUCCAAGACGCGGCGGCAGCGGAGUUUGAAAAUGCUCCUGCAAUCAACAACAACGACUUUAGUGGAGAUGCCGGCAUUGAUUGUAUGACAUUCGAGUCAACAUUCCCAGAGUUCUUUGAACAGGUCAUGAUACCCCUCGAGAGCGGGAGCAGUACUUUCGACAACGUCGUGCGUCCACCAGAUGUGUCAAACUUCACGCAGGACUUCAGCUUCAAUGCUUCGGAGUUUGAUUUCUCGCUCCUGGAAGAUCCAGCCGCCUGGACUGAGACACAAUUGCAGCAUCCCUUGAAUAAACAAACAACGACCUCUGCGGAAGUCUCACGUUCGAUGGCCGAAUCUCGGUCAGAAGCACUCAAGCGCUCGCCUUGGUCAUGGAACCAUUGGGUGCCUCCUUCAGGGGUGGGAGCGUUCGCAGAGCAUAAUGAGUUGAAUGUGGACGAGGAUCUCUUCUCGACAUCGACUCUCGCGAAUUCUUCUGACUCCCGCAGAUCUAUGCCUUCAUUCCCUACCUUGCAGCUUCUGGAAGAUCUCAUCAACGUCUGCUUACUAGAAGACUCUCACGCCAUUGACUCGCAUAUCCACAUUCCUACCCUUGACACCCAGAAUACAAGGACCGAGUUGUUACUAGCUAUGGUUGCGAGAGGAGCAGCCUUCAUCAGCUUCCCGCCAAUCUGGAAAAUGGGCAUGAUGCUACAAGAUGUUGUCCGCUACGCCAUCGGCGAAGAGUUUGAGAAAGACAAUAGCGUUACACGAGAGCUACAAGCCGUGCAAGUCUCUCUUAUGUGGGUUACCACCGGUGUUUGGAGCGGUUUUCGGCGAACGGUCGAGAUCUCUGCCUCUUUUCUGCAACCUCCCGUGACCAUGCUUGGUUGGUCGAAUGCGUUUUCCCGCUCGCAGUACUCCGACAUCUUACCCACUCCCGAGGAUUCUUCCGAAGUGCUCGACCAGAAGUGGCUGGCCUGGUCUGAACAGGAAACUAGAAAGCGGCUCGUCUUUCAUACGUUCUUGCACGAUUCGCAAGUAAUGCUCGUACAUAUGAGACCUCCUCUCAUCUCUCCGGCACAAAUGCAACUACCGAUACCGGCUUCCCGAGAUUUGUGGCUUGCAUCGAAUGCUCAUGCCUGGCGCAGUGCGUUCCUCGCGGAGACGCCUGCUGAAGGGAAAACGAUGCCUUCAACCAUCAACAUAUUCAGCGACCCUGAGCUGUUGUCUCGACUGGAGCGUCCAACCGACAAGUCGCUGUGCUACAUGUUGAUCGUCCACUCCAUGGCACACGAGGUCUUUGAGUAUCGUCAACAAGCUCAGAUGUUGCAACACGCCGGGAAGCGUCGACAGCGAGACAAGGGUUUAUCGCACAUGAGCAAGUUGCGAGACUUAUACGACGAUCUCACAACUCUGUUGACAUCCGUCGAAACAGACUCCUCCAGUCCGACAGAAAUCUCCUUUGUCCUCGAGUUCCUCAUGAUGCUCCUGCAUGUAUCUCUCGACGACAUUCAGGUCUUCGCAGGGCGUUCAGGCGAGGACGAGGCUCGAAAGGUAUACCCGCAAGUACGGACCUGGACACAAGAUGCCGAGUCGCGGAGAGCAAUCAGGCACGCGGGCCAAGUUUUCCAAUAUGCCAAGAAGUUCGAGAAGACACGAUUGCGAGACUUUUACGCCGUGGCUUUGUACCAUUCGACGCUCGUUCUCUGGGUCUGGGGCAUGGUCACUUCCGGCAUAAGUCGACAAAGCGGGGUUUCUGAAUCCUCCAAGGCACAAGCCAGAGUACUUCUCGAUGGUCCAGAGAGUAGAUCGACGAAGGCCUUCGUGCAACUCGGUCACGGCACUCCCGGGCUUGAGGUCACUCCUAAUCCGCCGAAUGACACAUCCGCAAUACCUCGCACGAAUGACAAUGUGGAGGGAUUUUACUCGCUGUCCAAUUCGCGAUGUGUUAUGGCCACCGCUGCUGCCGUACUCAGGGGCAAUUUCCCACACCCCAAGGGCGGCUUGCCACCAUUGGUAGGUAAUUUGGCCAGUCUAUUGGAUGAUCUGGGGACCUUGCCGACAUGA